UGUUUUCCGGAAAGCCGGGAAGAGGAGCGGAAAGAACUAUUAUUCGUUUGGCGGGUGGUAGAUUGAGAAGCGGACCGUCCCGACGGCGGGAAUCUUGAAGUGAUGUUCAAGUGAUCUUGAGGAAAGGAAGCAGACCACUGUCGCAGGCUGGGUUCGAGCGCAUCGUCCACCGCUACGCAGGUGGAGCCAAGGCGGCCAUCGCCGUCUUCUCUUCCUACACCAGCUCCGCCUCUAGACAGCGACCAGCGACAGAGGCGAGGUCGAGUCGAGAAAAGAGAACGAGAGAGAGAGACAGAGAGAGAGAAUAAGAGAGAGAGAGAGAGAGAGAGAGAGAGGAGAGAGAGAGAGAGGCAUCAAUAACAAUGGUGAGGGUGUGGAGGGUUGUGGAGUUCGUCACGGCGGCUCUGCCAACUCGCAAGCCGUUGCUUUUGGUGAUGUUCAUUCUGCUGUCUGCUGCGAUGGGACAAGGUCAAGAGGCGCCGGCACCGGCGGCGCCGGAGACUGCUCGGAUCAAGUCGUUCACUUACGCCGGGUCUGGCUGUCCGCCUGGAUCAGCGGUAGGAUCCAUAUCUGAAGACGGCGAAGUGCUCACCCUCAAGUUUAGCAACUUCAGCGUUUCCACGUCCAGCACACCGCUGCGGAAGAACUGCGACGUGGCGAUCAACUUGCAGUACCCCGCCGGCUGGUCCUACAGCCUAGCAUCCGUCGUCCUUCGGGGAUAUGCCAACCUCGAUGCAGGGGUGAAGGGUGUGCACAAGGUGAGCAAUUACGUCCAGGGACAGCAAAGCACGGGCUAUUUCACCGGCUACCUCGAGGGCCCGUACAAUGACAACUACCAGCACAACGGCGACCUGGAGCCGGUUGUCUUCAGCGAGUGCCACAAAGUCAGAGACAUCAACAUCAAUACCGAGGUGCGAGUCGACAACUCCGCGAAUCCGACGGGAAGUGGCAUCUUGGACGUUGACACGAAGGACGUGCUCUUCAAGUUCGAGAUUCAAUGGAAGCUAUGCAGCGAGGGACUGCGGUGAAUGAGAGAGCAGCAAACUAGCGCGAGUGCUUCCUCCGAGGAAAACGGACCCUCAUCGUGAUCGUAUGGGACCGGAAAGGCAGCUUGUACACAUUCAUGAUGAUGGUGCGUUAUGCUCGGGGGAAGACGGUAGCACUGCUACAGAACUGACAGAGUAGAUCGGGUAUGCAACAUAAAGCCGAUGAUGUUUCCAUUCACGUAGUAGAUGCAGAUCUUUUGCGUAGGCUCAAGACUGACUAUGAUGAGAUCCAGUAAGCUUGAGUGUGCCGAGUUUCAUCAUGCUGAGCGUUUCUCUCCUUUCUUAGUACGUUCCGCGCCCACAGUCGUUUUUGAGGUGUCGGCGAAUCACACCACUUCGCGUCGGGCUCGUGUUGCUGCACUUCCAAGCCUAGUAAUAGGCAUUUGAGUACCGAGGAAGAGAGCCCGAGUCGGUAGUUCGUGAUAUCUCUGGUCCGAAGUUACAUAGAGAGGUCGACUACUACUGACGUGCUGGGAGAGUAGAUCGGUUGGCAACCUGCCGAUAAAUCUUUCCUCUCGCCUACGGAGGAAGGUGUAUCUUGUCGCUUUCUUCAUCUUAGUAGUAGAGAUGCAGUCCGCCUGAAACCGCAGAGUGUAACGUGAGUUCGUUCGACCGAAUAGAACAUGGGGUAGUGGAAAUCGUAUCGACAGCGUUUUUUUUUCUGGCGAGAUGCUUGUGAACCAGCUCUGUGUCCGAUGCAGGUAAGAUAAGGCAAGUUAACGACUAGCGAGUAGAGGUAAACCUGCCCGGGGUAAGGAGCUCGGGUGGGCGAAAGCUGUUUUGCUCAAUUUUGGAGUCUGCUUGACCCUUUGGCGGGACCUACUGCGGUUGUAUAAUAUGAGGUCCAUACUGCGAAUCAUGCUGCAGUUCUCACUGGAGUUUUGUGCCUUUGGUAUGACUGCGAAGACUGGCGGUGCUAUGACGGUUGGAAUCGAUGUACUGCGUUUCACACUCUGGUUCCUACGCCGGUUGCCCUCCGUGUGACUGUCCAGGCAGAAAGCGCUGCGACUGCGACUGAUUUAAUCUGCAUGGGAUAAUUUAAUCGCAAGUGAGAUGGCACGCGGAGAGGUAGAUAGAACAAGGGCGUGCUUGGUCGGGUCGUUCCAUAGGCCGACCAACAGACCGGUGCUGUAGGAUCUGCUGGCCAUGGCCUGAAACACUUGUUUUCUGAAAAAAAUCGAUGGACGUCGUCGAGGACAUGUAUGUGACGAAGACAUCUUCGACCGACAUCCUGUAGGACGGCUUGCACACUUGCUACUCUCACAGUCAGAAAUGAGAUGUCCAUGGUAUGCGGUCAGCCUGGGUCAGGGAGCUGAUCGGUACACAGGGCUGCCUACUUCGCUAGAAUGCACCACUGUU